ACAGACACGUGGAAGUCUGGGGACCGAACCAGAGCCAUCUACCACGACAGUUAGCGCGAGAGCUGCCUGCCUGAUCUCCUCCUCCUUCCUCCGUGGAAGUAAUACCGCCAUUAAAAUUUUCUUCUAGGUUUCAUUAAUGGCGAGCCGGUGGGAAAGAGGGCGAUACCAUUGUAGUGACUAAUGACACGAGGAUGAAGUAGUUCCGUUGCGUAGUCUGGAAAGUUGUGAACCCUAUCUCCAAGGGAAUGAAGCGUUUCGCGGUGAGCCGCCUUCCAUCAAUGGCCAGGCCGGGAGGGCUGGCUCUGAGAUUGGUGAGAAGUGCUGCUUUUGCAUCUGCCAGUGCGGCCAAACCAGAAGGCGGAGUCUCUAUGGUCCAGGGCGCUUCCAGAGGAAUCGGCUUGGAAUUCGUGAAACAACUCCUGGAAAGUAACGACAAUGGCCGAGUUGUAGCUACUUGCCGCAAUCCCAAUGGUGCCACUGGCUUGCUUGAAUUGAAGAAUAAGUAUGCUGAUCGGCUCAACAUUUUCCCGUUGGAUCUCACUGCUGAAAAUACCAUAGAGGCAUCUGCAAAGUCCAUUAGGGAACAGUAUGGCUACCUGAACCUUCUAGUGAAUGCAUCAGGGAUCCUGUCUAUACCAAAUGUGUUGCAACCAGGUAGCAGUCUGUAUGUUGUUUUGGAUACAAGUACAUGCGCAGAGACGACGUUGAGCAAAGUAGAGAAGUCGUCAUUGAUGCUUGCUUAUGAGGUCAACGCCGUGGGACCUAUUCUAGUGAUCAAGCACAUGUGGCCUCUGCUGAAGGCUGGAGGAGGGCAAGGUACGGAAAGAGAUGUUGCAGUUGUGGCAAGUUUGAGUGCCAGAGUGGGAUCCAUUGGAGAUAACAAACUUGGGGGUUGGCACUCUUACCGCAGCUCCAAGUCUGCCCUAAAUCAGUGUAUGGCUCCUCUUCUGAAGCUCCCUAGAGCAAUUCGUUGUGUGUCAUUGUCCAAGAAUGCGUCGGUGGAGUUCGGGCGAAAGAAGGAUCCAAUAGUAUGCCUGGUUCUUCAUCCGGGGACUGUUGAUACCGACCUUUCAAGACCAUUCCAGAAAAAUGUCCCGAAAGAAAAGCUUUUCACCACCGAGUUCUCGGUGCAGAAGCUCUUAAGCAUCAUCAACAAUGCAAAGGCGAACGAUAAUGGCAAAUUCUUUGCCUGGGAUGGCCAGGAAAUUCCUUGGUAGUCUCCCACCUUCAUCCCAGUGCCCUCGGUCACAGUUUGUUUGGUCACAGUCUAAAUCGCAGGCUGCCUUUCUUCCAACAUGGCAAUUUACAGCUGCUGAUGAAUUUAUAGUUGAGAGUUUGGAGUUUUAUAUUUUCUGCCUACAUCAUGGGACUAAAGAUGCGUAAUAGACUAAUAGUUCAAGAAUCGAGAAAAAAACACCCUAUAGUUUAGAGAUCGUGAACUAUUUUGGAUGAUUGCUGUCCUGCCUCCAUGCUGCUUCUUGCUCUUGCUGUUUGGCCUGAGGGCAUCUGUUAGUGUUUGUAAUACACACCUGAGCUUAGCAGUUUGCUUUCUUAUCGUUUUCCCUUAUUCUUUUGACAUCUUGCAAGGGUUUCCCCUGCUUUUGGCGUUUGCUUUUCCAUGUAUGUUCCUGCCUUACUCUUAUGAAUAAAAUGGUUUCACC